GAUCAUUUCAGCUGCGACUGUCAAGAUUGGCAAAGAGCUGGCGCUGCUGUGUGCAGGUAAAAAGGAACAAGCGACACAAAACAGAAAACAUUUAUACUGGCAGAAAGCGAGGAGUGCGAUGGAAACGGACUGUCCAGCGAAACCUUAUUCUACGGCAGAACCCCUAAAGCGAGGUAUUUAAGUCGGCGAAAAAAAGCGCAACACCUUCAGCUUCUUGGAAGAAAGUGCCGUUGUGUCAACCAUCGCUUGGCUCCCGGGCACGCUUUGUACAGCGAGCAACUUGGACAGCUGCGUGUUUCCAAGCGAGCCAUCAACAAAGAAUGAAAGCAUUCAAACGAGCUCUGGAAGACGAGCAUCGCCCGGAGCAGGAGCACUCCUCGGCUGUGUCAGACAGCGAUGACGGCUCCCCACUCGACCUGUCAGGAAGAGGGCUCUUUGGGAAGCGCCGUCGCCGCGGCAACCUGCCCAAGGAGGCGGUGCAGAUUCUGAGGAGCUGGCUGUACGAGCACCGCUUCAACGCCUACCCAUCAGAGCAGGAGAAACUCAGUCUGUCAGGCCAGACCAACCUCUCAGUGCUGCAGAUAUGUAACUGGUUCAUCAAUGCACGUCGCCGCCUCCUCCCUGACCUGCUCCGCAAGGACGGCAAAGAUCCCACCAAAUUUACCAUCUCCCGCAAGGUUGGCGGUAAAAGCGAAGGCCACUCAUCUAAUGGAGGCGGAGCCAGCUCUCCGGAAAGCAACUCAUCCCAACAACGCCCGUCUGUCAUCCGCUCGGCCCCCACGCUGGACCUCAGUCUUCUUGGGAACACGGCAACAGCUAUUCUGACAGGAGCAGGCUACCCUGGUAAGGAGGGAUCGGUCCAGGCGCUGAUGAAGCUAGAUACACAAAGUCUGCUGAGGGAAGCAGAGGAGCAGGGGGCUUGUCUCACCAGCACAACAAUAGCAGCCAGCCCCAACAGUGGCCUCUUCAACACGCCUCCACCGACCCCACCCGAGCUGUUACCCACCCAGGACUUCAGCGAUUUGAGGCUCCUGGUUGAUGCAGCUCUACAGAGGGCAGCGGAGCAGGAGAACCUGAAGAGACUCCAGGAGAGCCAGAACAGACCAACAGAGGCCGUAAAGACUGACAUAGUGGAGGCACAGUGCGGCACUUACAGCAGUGACAUGGGACCUACACCACCUCCAGAGGACAGCCAGCAAGUCAUGGAUCCUUCCAGAGUCCAGAGUCUGAUGGAGAAGGCUAUGGCUGUUUCAGUGUCAGGUGUAACCUCAGUGAAGGCUCCAGUGCCUCUUUCAUUAGCUGCCUCUGUACCAGCCCCAGCCCCAGUCUUGGUCUCAGCCCCCAGGCUACCCCCUCUGCCAAUGAAUAAAAUCAUCUGGAGUCCCUUGGAAAAGGACACUGCCAGAGCUCCCAGCCCAAACCAGCCUCCGCACAUUGCAGCCCAUAUGCCAACAUUGGUACCAGCGCCUGCCUCAGUUUUAGGACAGCCAAAUUCUCAGAAAUCAGCUGCUGCUCCAGCCAUCACCCCAGCUUCAUCAUCAGCUCCAGCCUCAAGCUCAGUUCCUGCUCCGCUGCCUGCUACGUGUCCUACGAGUGCAUCGGUGCCACCUACAAGGCCAGUCCCAGUGCCAUCAUCAGUCCUCCUCCCAGCCACAGGUUCCACUGCUCCAAGCCAGGCGUCAUCCCAGUGUGUAGCGCUUGUUCCAGCUGCUACUUCUCCAGCCAUCACCUCUUUCACACCCCCCAGAGGAGUCCCGCUCUACCUGCCAUUCCACAAAUCCCCCAUAAUCCCGGUCACAGUUCCAUGUCCAUCACCUGUUUCAACCGUGGCGUCGUCUCCUGCCCCUGUUCACACUCAAGUCUUUGCGUCUGCCCAAGCUCCAGCUCCUCUCCCAGCAUCACCCCCAACAUCUUCCUCUGCACCAACAAGUACACCUCUUCUGGGCCUGGUCUCCCACGUCUCUCCUCCUCUUCAGCCUUCAGCUUCCUCCACAAGCAGCACCAGCAGUAGCAGUAUUAGUAGUAGUGCACAUAGGAAUUCAGCAGUGGUGCCCAGCGUCUGGAGCAUGGUCCACGCUGAUACCAGGCAACCCAGCUCUCUUCAAGUGGUAAAGACCCCCAUCACCACAGUGUGGGGCCCGCAGCACAGCCUGCACACAGUGAGCGAGACUGUUAACUAGGAGCGGAAAGCACGUUUUUUUUAAUAUGUAUAUCUGCGGAGGAGAGGGGCCAAACAUUCUCUUUGGAUGGACAACACUGUAUAUAGGAGAAUGUAUCUUCAUCACCAGUGCCCCUUUUUGUCAUUAAAUCCUGUGCCUGCAGAAUACAGGGAAUGAAAUGAGACGUGCGAACUGGGACAAAGUGAAGGAACGGACAUGAGGUGUUCCAGAGACUCGCUGUUUUCAAGCAGCUUUUUAUUGUUUCAAAUAUGCGGUUCUUAGCGGAGGCACCUACUGGUAAGAACGCUUUUGAUGCCAUUUCUCGAAAUGAACAUUCCUCAGUGCACAGUCAAUGUAUUGUACAACGUCUUUGAUAACACAUUUCAAAUAUCUUUCCACAUGACAAGUUGUGAGUGAGGCGGAGAAUAUCCCUUAAUUGUACAAAAUUUCAGUCAGUGUAAUUAUCAACACCAGCAAUUAGCCUCUUCAGUAGCAGUACCGGACUUUAUUGAAUGUACAAAAGACAUUGAUAUCAUUGGCUAGGCUGCCUAUCAUCCAUUCCCCUCCCAGGAUUAAAAAUGAGGACAUGAGGUUUAUUUUCUACUUGCAGCAGCAACAAUAGUCAUAGUUUUCUAUAGUUGUGCAAUUUAGAUGAUGUUUUUUCUAAAAUGAGUCUCUUCUUUACUCCACUACAUUCCCCCCCUUUUUCCCCUGGAGAUGAGCAGAAGGGAAAUUGAUUGUAUUGCAGUGAGCCUGACUGAGUGACUCGCUUCGAUGUGUCUGUCUCCAUCCCCCCCCCAUCUCCCUUUCUUCCUGUCUCUUUAUGCAAAGAGGAUUCAUUGACCCACACGUUUGUUUGCCAUCUAUAAGAACGAGCUGUAUUUUCUACGUUUUUGCUGAAAACGAAGCAGUUAUGUCUGUUACUUUAUGCGACCUUGAUCAGUUGUGUAGUUUUCAGUGAUUGUUGUUGUUGGGGGGGGUUGAUAUAGGAUGUAGGGAGAAGGUCACAUUGGGUCUGUUACAGAAAUCCAUUUCAGUGGAGAGGUGAGCAGCUUGGUGACCCAAUCAAGCUCUUACAGCUCCUGACCUGAAACAUUACACUUGCUGUGAGACAUGUCACCUUUUUGUCUUUUGUGGCGCAAAACAAAUGUUGGAUCCUCUUAUUUAGGGGAUAUAUAAAUUAUCCAGAUUUCCCUGUCAAUUUGGGGCCUUAGGAUUUGGUCAUUGUAUUUCAAACCAAAUGUCUUACUUGUAGAAAGAUUAAUUGAUGCGUCAAGUGUCUCAGCAAAGCAAAUGUAGCACAUACGUACUGCAAAGUGCUGGGCGGGGGUCUUGUUUAGUUUUUUUCCCCCGGAGGGUACAAGAGCAUAAAAAUAAAGUUUUUCCUCAUUAGUGCUUUCCACCUCUCUUUAGAAGGGUUCUGUAGAAUUUCUAAUCAUUCAUAAAGCUGUAGUUUCCAUGAAACUGUCUUAGCAUAAAUCACAAUAUAAGGCUGUAUGCCACCUGGACACCCAUUAACAGUAGUGUCAUGUGGAAAAGUUCCUAUGUGGUUGAUACUGUAGCAGAAUCUUCAAUAUUGUCAGUGUCAAUGAGCUGUGCUUUGUUCAAACAGUUACAUGUUGCAUUCAAGGAGGGGACAGAAGGAUAUUAGGUCAAAGUACUGCUGAGCACUGACCCAUCAUACCCCAUAAACGUCUUAUUCAUGGCAGAUAUUGGAACUCCAACCCUCCUCCUUGUAUUUCCAUAUCUCUUUUGUUUCGUCUGUCCCUCCUCACUGCAUCUGUGGGUGUCAGUGGAGGAUUUGGGGGUUUUAUUCUUUUGUUACAGGUACUCUCUAGACUGAUGUGCAUUUAUACCUCAAUUUUCACAGGUCAUGUCAGGCUUGGGUCAUAUGUAGAAUACUAAGUAUUAAUGUAAUAUUUUUAUUGUUCAUACUACAUCAUGCCACUCUGACAACACCUUAUCGGUUAUGAUACUGGAAAUGGCUGGUUUAAGAUUAGGCAGGCAGGUUUUUUUUUUGGUUUUUUUUAUAGCAAGGUUUAUAUGUGAUUUUUAGAUGCAAAAUGCUCCAAUCAGAUCAGACAAUGUGAUGAUGCAUGUAAAUAUUUUCAAGGUCAUGUUUUUCUUUUUGUUCGUUUGUAUUGGCAUGAACUUUAUCUCAUACUGUGUAGUUUAUUUACAGCCAAAUGCAUUCAAAAAUGUUUUUCAAGUACAUGUUGUGAAUCAUGACUGACCGUUGGCAGUAUGACUGGCUGCUGUGCCUUAAACCUACGACUGAGGGAUAAUGUCCCUUUUUUAUAUAAAAACUUCUCAAUAGUUUGUGCAAUAUAUGCCUUAAACUUUAAAUGUGUGUUUUGUAUAAGCAUUUCAAAGAAAUAAAAGUUCAGUUUUUCAUAAA